CAAAUUUUCAGAUCUGAUGAUUUGGGUGUUACUUGUCAUACUCGGGUUGAGCAAUGUCACACAACAACAGAGCCUUGCAAAUAGUCUGUUUGCGGAAGAAGGCACAUCACCUGGGUUUGUGACGAGGAUAAACAAAAAAGCAUUGAGUAUUGUAUCGGAUCAGCUUAAAGAUAGAGUUGUCAAGUUCAUGAAUUCAGAUGGGUUAGAAUUCAAUAUUUCUGCUCCAUUGACAAAUCAGGUACGCUUCACGUUGCGAUCAUCCAAGAUAAUCUCCUUCGAUGAACUCUACUUUGAUUCUUCCAUGUCCAUUGUUCCACAGAAGGGUGUCUCAUGGACGGGAACUAACAUUAAUGUCACCUUAUUGGCAAGCUUUAGUCUAUUGACAACGCAAGGUGAAAUCACAGGAAACGUUCCGUUGUCGUUUGACAAAACAAAUGUCGAACUUCUUCUAUGGACCGGAGUUAAUGGAGAUGGUCACUUGAAAACUGACUUGAUCACUUGCAAAGUCGCUGCUAACAAUUUACAACUGCAGUUUAGCCAGGCUGAUUCCGCACUUUUAGCUAACUAUAUUCCACAUAUGCAAAAUUUUAUCCGACAGACGGUCGAGCAGGUUGUCUGCCCCUCAUUCCAUGCCGAACUCGUGCCAGUCCUCUCUAAUCGAAUCAUGAACACCCCUCUCAGUGCAUCUCUCUUCGAGCAGUAUUUCAUCAACUAUGCACUUCUCGGACCUGUUGAGUUCUCGAGCCAAGCCAUUACCCUUAAGCAUCGUGGAAACUCAUUUGGAAUUUUGAGACAAGGUUCAGGAAGAACUCGUCUCAACGACUUCCGCCUUCCAUACCGUAGUCCUCCACUUCAAGUUCCAACUGCCGAUUCGGGACACAUGAUUGAUUUUUAUCUGUCCAACUACACGAUGAGUUCGCUUCUUUUCUGGAUGGACCAGUACAGAAAAUUCGAUUACGAGAUUAGUCGACAGGCCACGAAUAAUUCCGCGUUGGUUGGGUAUCUGAAGACAGACUGUGGAACCGGAGAUAUCUGCGCUGGAACGCUGUUCCCCGCACUCGGAACUCGAUUCCCUGGAGGAGAAGUAGUGAUCAAGUCGCAUACAGUGUCGUAUCCACGAGUGGUGCUUAGAAAGAACAACAUGACCAUUUACAUCGACAGUAGAGUGGAUGCAUUUGUACAGCAACAAGAUCGCAGCCGCCGCUUCCUUACCGCCUCGAUGAACGCUGAAGUGAAACUGGAUAAGCCAUCGUUCAAAGAUUUCGUUUUGCACGGAGAAUUGCGAAUUGAUAAGUUCAAGGUUUCAGAUGUUGCAUCAUUAGUUGAUGGAAUUGAUGAGGGAUCCUUGGAGUUUUUAGUGAAUGCCUUAACGGAACUUAUUCUCAAUGAAGAUAUGGCCAAGAAGUUAAAGAGUGGAAUUCAAUUACCCAUUAUGUUUGAUUACACUCAACAAGCAGCUAAUGUCAGCAUUGAAGAUGACAUGCUGCACAUUUCUGCCGAUUUCUGUGCAACCGACAAGUGUGCAACGACGGCGGACAACAAAGACACAGACGUCGACUACUACGACACUGUACAGGGUUAAAGUCUCUCCAUCUCGAUCAGAUAGACUCGACUAGAUUCGAUGAAUGUGAUGAACGGUGAUAUUCUCCCCCAACUUCCUUCUCUAUGCUCCAAUUUUGAAUUCAAGUAUCUGUAAAUGUAAUCGUAGUUAGCACUACACCUCGCGGGUCAUCUCCUUUCUCAAUGUUCCCCUUUUUCUUUCACUUUUUUCCUGAAAAAAGUCUUUCUGUAUAAAAUGCUUAUUUUUUCUUCGCUUUUGUGGAAACUUUGUGUGUUCGUUCUUCUCUCCUUUUCUAAUUAUCAACAAGUUGAUUCAUUUCUAUUUUUUAAGUGUUGUAUGUUUUUUUAUUUAUUAUAAUUGAAAAAGAUUCCAUAGUUUUUUUCUGGACUUGUUUGUUGAUAGUCUAUGUUUGGAUGAAUAAAACACAAAGAUAUAGAUUAU